AUGCAGCAGAGAAGAAGAAGAAGAAGAAGAAGAGAAGGACUGAAGCCUGCCAGGCAUGUAAGACCAUCGCGUGCAGGCUGCAACCCGGGGGGUAUCAAAUUGCAAGAGAACACGAUGAGCAGCAGGCAGAAACGGGCCUGCAACAAGCAGCAAGCAGCGUCGACCGCCGGGUGUCACUGCGCGCCAGCGGUUGCCGGCAGGCUCGCUCGUUGGUCGUUGGGCGGCAGCCUCACUUUGGCUCAAAACGAGGCGGGCGUCCCGUUCGGGCCUAGCGCGUGGUGGCAGCCAGUUUCGACGUCACCGCCUUCGCGCCUGCAGAAAACGCUUUCGGGCAUCGCGAGACAUAUAAAGCGCUGGUCGCCAGGGUCGGCGGGCACUGCUUGA